CCCGCAGUGGCUGGGAGGGAGGUCCUGGGCGACAGGGGCGCCAUUGGGGGGAAGAAGACGCUGACGGCCGCCCGGACCCGACCCUGGUAUCCGCGGCCAUCCGCCAUAUCCGCGCGAUGACGGGCCUCCUCGGCGCCCUCUGCCUCCUGUGCGGGUUCUUGGCUGCCGUGCGGUCGGCGGAUGGCAGUUCGCUGGUCAACGAUGACGUGAGGCGGACCAUAGAUUUGGGGACGCACUUGGCCAAGAUCAGCACCGACGUCACCCUGUCCAACAGCGGCCACUCGGCAGCCGCCUCCUUCCUGCUCGCCGUGCAGCCCGGCCUGGAGAGCCACCUGGCCUACCUGGGAGUCACCUUGAAGAGUGAGGAUGAUGAAGAAGCCAUGUUGGUUCUGGAAGAAACGUCCAUCCGGGGAAAGAGCGGCAAAUUCUUUACCGCGCGGUUUGGGUCCCCGCUGGGGGCCGGCGCCAAGAUCAAGCUGACGCUCGAGAUGACGUUUACCCAUGUCCUGCAACCUUUCCCGACCCACAUCACCCAGGCCGAGAAACAGUUUGUGGUGUUCGAGGACAACCAUUACUUCUACUCGCCCUACCCCACCCAGAGCCAGACCACUCGGGUCAGACUAGCCUCCAAGAACGUGGAGAGCUACACCAAGCUGGGCAGCCCCAGCAAGUCUGAAGAUUCUAUUGAAUAUGGACCUUAUAAGGAUGUGGCUCCCUACAGCCAGGAUAUGUUGAGAGUCCACUUUGAGAACAAUAGCCCUUUCCUAAGCAUCGUCAGCAUGACCCGGCUCAUCGAGGUCUCGCACUGGGGCAACAUCGCUGUGGAGGAAACCAUCGAUCUCAAGCACUCGGGAGCCGUUCUCAAAGGGCCGUUCUCCCGAUACGAUUACCAAAGACAGCCUGACAGUGGUAUCUCCUCUGUUAAAUCUUUCAAGACCAUCUUGCCAGCGGCAGCCCAGGACGUUUACUAUCGGGAUGAAAUUGGGAACAUCUCCACCAGCCACUUGGUUGUCUUGGACGACUCAGUGGAGAUGGAAGUCCGUCCUCGCUUCCCGCUCUUCGGUGGAUGGAAAACUCACUAUGUUGUUGGAUACAACUUGCCGAGCUAUGAAUACCUGUACAACCUGGGUGACCAGUACGCUCUGAAGAUGAGAUUUGUGGAUCACGUGUUUGAUGAUCAAGUGAUUGAUUCCCUCACUGUGAAGCUCAUUUUACCAGAAGGAGCAAAGAAUAUUCACGUGGACACCCCAUACGACAUAGACAGGAAGCCCAACGAGCUGCAUUACACCUAUCUGGACACGUUUGGGCGGCCGGUCAUCAUUGCUCACAAGUCCAACCUGGUGGAGCAGCACAUUCAGGACGUUGUGGUUCACUAUAAUUUUAACAAGAUACUGAUGCUGCAGGAGCCUCUGCUAGUGGUCGCAGCCUUUUAUAUUCUCUUUUUCACAGUCAUCAUGUACGUGCGUCUGGACUUCUCCAUUACCAAGGACCCAGCGGCUGAAGCCCGGAUGAAGGUGGCGUCCAUCACGGAACAGGUGCUGACUCUGGUGAACAAGCGACUGGGGCUGUAUCGGCACUUUGAAGAGGCUGUGAACAAAUACAAGCAAUCACGGGAUGUGGGCACAUUAAACAGCGGCCGCAAGACGCUGGACACUGAGCACAGGAGCCUCUCGGGUGACAUUGCUGCUUUACAGUCCAAACUGAAGGCGGAGGGAUCAGACCUCGCUGAAAAGGUUAGCGAGAUCCAGAAACUCGACGGACAAGUCAAGGAUUUGGCCCAGAAGUCAUCUCAGGAGGCAGAGAGGUUGGUGGCUGGUAAAGUCAAGAAAGACACGUACAUCGAGAACGAACGGCAGCUCGCUAGCAAACGCCAGGAUCUCAUCUCCAAAAUCGACAACAUCUUAGAUACUUUGUAAUAACUGCACCGAGUCGGCCUGUACAACGAAUGAAAGUUUCUAAAAUAAUAAACCAAAUUCCAUAA